AUGUCAAGAAUUGAUUUCGACAUUCAGAUCCCUCGAGACUUGAUGAUGGACAAGGGAUAUAUUGCCAUCAUACUUACUAGAAAGGAACCUGAAGACGAUGAAUAUGCCUUGACUGAUGACUCAACGUCCGUGGGUUCAUCCAGCCCAGAAGAGCAGAUCACGGUGUCUCCUACGUACUCAGCACCAGUACGUGUGAUUCGACGCCUCCCUCCUCUCCCAGUCCAGUCUCUCGUCAGCCAUCCCUCGUCGCCUACCUCCCUGCCAAACUCAAGUUAUUCGAACUACUCCGCCUUUGAUCGUUCUUUCCAGGAUAUGCACAAUAAAUAUCCCCAGGGCGAUGAGUUCACGGGGAAGGGAAAAGGGAACGAGAAGUAG